CAAAACGUUUGGUUAUGAGUCCACAAAUCAUCCUAUCGUAUGUAACCAAAUAUAUAAGACAAGACAAUGCGGAAAUAGCUUUCUAAGACAUAGACUCUGUCGUGAAAACCCAUGUUGGCUACCAUGGCACGUUUCCACAACAUCAAAACUUUUCUUCUUUGCUACAUCUUUCUCGUUCUUCCAUUAACCAUAGCUCAACCACUUUCCUUCAACAUCACUAACUUCAACGAUACUCAAAGUGCAAGCCUUGUUGGAUACGCUGGUGUAGCCAAAACUGAGAACAGAAGCAUAGUGCUAAAUUCUCUCGUCGACAAUGGAAUUGGAAGAGCCAUCUAUGGCCUCCCUCUACGCUUCAAAAACUCUUCUAACGGACACGUCACUGAUUUUUCUACCCGUUUUUCAUUCACCAUCGAUGUGUCCUCGAGAACCGACUAUGGCGACGGUUUUGCCUUCUACGUCGCACCCCUUGCCUACCCGAUUCCGUCGGAUUCAGGUGGUGGCGGUCUCGGCCUUUACGGUGCCAACCAAGAUAACAUCAUUGCUGUUGAAUUUGACACUUUUCCAAAUGCUAAUGUUGAUCCACCAAUGAAGCAUGUGGGUAUAAACAAUAACUCCUUGGUGUCUCUCAACUCUUCCUUGUUUGAUAUUGACAGCAACAUAGGGAACAUGGGGCAUGUGUUGAUAACUUACAGUGCUUCUGCCAAACUCCUUGCUGUUUCAUGGUUCUUUGAGGAAACCAGUUCUGGUUUUAUGCCCAACACUUCUCUUUCGUACCAGAUUGACCUAGGGGAAAUUCUCCCGGAGUGGGUCACUGUUGGGUUUUCGGGUGCAACCGGGUUGUCUAAUGAGGAGAAUGUUAUUCAUUCCUGGGAACUCACGUCAACUCUGAAUUCCACACAGUUAAACAGUAAAGAAAAAGAAGGCAAUAAUGGCAUCACAGUUAAAUACAAGUUUUCAGUCCAAGUAGUGGUUGUUGCAGUGAGUUGUUCUGUUUUGUUCAUGCUAGUGGUUGCUGCUGUUUCUUGGUUUAUCAUCAUCCAGAAGAGAAGAAACGAACAUGAUUUUGGUUUCAAUGGAGAAGCUAUGCCUAGAAGGUUUGGUUAUGAGGAAAUAGUUGCAGCCACGAACGGGUUUGCAGAUGAUAGAAGGCUGGGAGAAGGAGGCACUGGACAAGUUUACAAAGGGUUUCUGAGUGAUUUAGGGCGCGUGGUUGCAGUGAAAAGGAUAUUUUCUGAUGUAGAAGAUUCUGAGGGAAUAUUCACAAACGAGGUGAAGAUUAUAAGUCGUCUUGUGCAUAAAAACCUCGUGCAAUUGAUGGGGUGGUGCCAUGAGCAAGGAGAGUUGUUACUGGUUUUUGAGUACAUGAGUAAUGGAAGCCUUGACACUCAUAUAUUUGGCAACAGGAGAACCUUGACAUGGGGUGUGAGAUACAAUAUAGCGUUAGGUGUGGCUAGGGCACUGCGUUAUCUUCAUGAAGAGGUGGAGCAGUGUGUUCUUCACAGAGACAUAAAGUCAAGUAAUGUUUUGUUAGACACAGAUUUCAACACUAAGGUUAGUGACUUUGGGAUAGCAAAGUUGGUGGAUCCAAGAUUGAGGACUCAGAAGACAAGGGUGGUGGGGACAUAUGGGUACCUUGCACCUGAAUAUGUGAAGGAAGGAAGGGCCAGCAAGGAGUCUGACAUGUAUGGUUUUGGGGUUGUGGCUUUAGAGAUAGGUUGUGGGAGGAGGACUUACCAGGAUGGAGAGUAUAACCAUGUACCAUUGACAAAUUGGGUGUGGAAAAAGUAUGUGGAUGGAAAUAUUUUGGAUGCUGCAGAUGAGGGAUUGAAGGGAGAUUAUGAUGUGGAAGAAAUGAGAUGUUUGCUCACUCUGGGAAUAUGGUGUACUCACCCAGAUCACAGGCAAAGGCCAAAGGCAGAACAGGUUAUUAAUACUCUAAAGCAAGAAACGCCAUUGCCAAUGCUUUCACUAUGACUUCACACACCAGUGGCACUCAUCAACAGCAUGCAAUGUAUAUGAGAAGAUAGUAUGUAGCAAGUUGUGGUCUAGUUCUGUGUCUGUGAUUUGUAUUUCAUGCAUGUAUAUGUUUUUAAUAAUAGAGACUAUAGAGAAAUAAAUAUUUCUAGAAGACUUCUAAAUUAUACGAUCUAAGCCAUUUUUCUCUUAAAAAAAUAACUGUCGUAUUAUGCAUUUCGCGAGUCCAAUGACUUUCAAAUCGAAAGUAAUUCUUCAGUGAAAAAAUGGAAGUGAGACAGGAUAAAUUAUUUAAAAAUAGUGAAACACCACCCUACCAUUUCUACUCAUCUUUCUUUUUCUCUUU